UGCCAUCCAAAUGUAGGGUAUGGCUGCGAAUGAGAAUACAAAAAAAAACUAAAAGAUCCACACCCAUGUAAAAAAAACUAAUCAAAAAAUCUGUUUCAGAAUCGAUUAUAAUCAUACGAUCCUAACCAUUAACUUCCUCAUCAAUAAUCAUCGAGAACUCAUCGCUUUUCAUUAUAAUCGAUUCGAAGCUAAGUAAAGAAUUAUGAUAAUCGAAAACAUGAAAACUAAUCGAUUAUAUGAUGAUUUAUCGGUGGUUGUUGCUAUGUAAAUAAAUGAUUGAAAUCGUAUGAUCAUAACCGAUUCAAAAUCAGAUUUUUUGUAAUUAUUAAGCGAAAGAUUUUAUAUGGAAAAUAUUUUCUGUUGCUGAUUUACAUCACAAAUAACUAUUGCGAUUAUUUGUAGGCUCACCAACAGUCUCACCAGCAACAUCAACAUCAACAACAACAACAACAACAACAUCAGCAAUGGGAACAUCGGCCAUAUCAGCAAUGACGACAGGAACCACAUCAACUAAAACGAUAGCGACAACGUCCACUACAUCAACCACUUCUACUACAACAACAACAGAAACAACAUCCACUACAUCAACAACCUCUACAACAUCGACAACAACGACAGAAACAACAUCGACUACCUCUACUACAACGACGGAAACAACAUCGACUACAUCCACCACCUCCACCACAACGACGGAAACCACAUCGACCACUUCGACGACCUCUACUACAACAAUAGAAACGAUGUCCACUACAUCAACAACAUCGACUACAUCAACCACAUCUACUACAACGACAGAUACAACAUCCACCACUUCGACUACAUCAACGACAACAACAACAGAAACAACGUCUACUACAUCAACAACAACGACAGAAACCACAUCGACCACUUCGAUGACCUCUACUACAACAACGGAAACGACGUCCACUACAUCAACAACCUCUACCACUUCUACGACAACAACCUCAACUAGUACCAGUACAACGACGACAUCAACCAGCAGCAACACAACGACAACGACAACUAUGAUCACAAAUCCAUGUGUAUCCGGUGAUUUACGUUGGAAUACAACAGGAAUUAUUGUAAUUAGUUCACCGCCAAAUAUGGGAGCUUCAGGUGUAUUCGUUGAUACAUAUGAUACUUUGUAUUCUGUGGAUGAGAAUGGUAAUUUUGUUAUAUGGAAAUUAUUAAAAAAUACUGUAAAUGUAACAAUCGCAGCUGGAUUGUAUAAAUCACCGGGGUCCAAUAGUUCUCAGCUUAAUUCUCCAAAUGAUAUUUAUGUCGAUAGAUAUGGAAAUUUAUAUGUAAGUGAUUCUAGCAAUCAACGAAUACAAAAGUUCAGUAAUGGAUCAACUGGCGGACAAACUGUUGCCGGUGUAACUGGAGCAGCUAGCUCUGCAUUGAAUCAAUUCAAUACUCCACGAUAUUUUACUUUUGAUGCUACAGAAACAUACAUGUAUAUUGCUGACUAUAAUUGCCAUCGAAUUAUACGCCAUUCAACGAAUGGAACUAGCGGUACUAAUGGCGUUCUGAUCGCCGGGGGAACUGGAGCAUAUAAUCAAAACACAUCGGUGAACGGACCAUGGGGUAUUCAUUAUUUGCCCUCUAUAAGCAAUGAUCUAUAUAUAACAAACAACGGUGGACAUUCAGUAAUACGUUGGACUCUUGGUGCUACUUCAGGCACGUUCGUUGCCGGUACGCCGGGCGUAGCAGGUUCCAAUUCUACUCUCUUAAAUCAACCGAUGGGUAUUAAAAUUGAUUCUUAUUUGAACAUGUUCGUUGUUGACCACGGAAAUCAUAGAGUACAACUUUUUUGUGCAAACAAUCAAACUGCUGUCACCAUUGCUGGAACUGGUGUUGCUGGUAAUAAUGCUAUGCAAUUAAGUGGACCAAGAGGUAUUGCAUUCGAUUCUGCAAUGAAUAUGUACAUUGGAGAUUUCGAUAACCACCGAGUACAAAAGUUUGUCAAACUCAGCACAGCCGCAAUAGCAGCAAUACCGAGUGAGUAA